UCCGCCAUCUUUGACGAGAGCUGCACUGCUUCCCCCCAUUGAAGGAGAAGAAGUGAGAGGGAUUCGGCGCAGUGCCUUUGCAGCACAUUCUCCACACAGGAAGACACACAAGCUGCGGGCCAAAAUACGAGCACAUUUCCUGCUGUGCUGACAAGAAGCUUUGCUCUUUCUGGAUUCCCUCUAGGAUCUUUUCUUCCCUGUUGGAGACCCUCUCCACCCCCCGCACCCAACAGCCAUGGCAGAUGACGCCGACAUGCGCAACGAGCUGUCAGACAUGCAGCAACGUGCCGACCAGCUGGCCGACGAGUCACUGGAGAGCACUCGUCGUAUGCUGCAGCUGGUGGAAGAGAGCAAAGAUGCUGGCAUCAGGACUUUGGUUAUGUUGGACGAACAAGGAGAGCAACUCGAUCGUGUUGAAGAUGGCAUGAACCAUAUCAACCAAGACAUGAAGGAAGCCGAGAAAAAUUUAAAAGAUUUAGGGAAAUGCUGUGGAAUUUUCAUAUGUCCAUGUAACAAGAUGAAGAGCGGAGCCAGCAAGGCCUGGGGGAACAACCAGGACGGGGUGGUGGCCAGUCAGCCAGCCCGCGUGGUGGAUGAGCGUGAACAGAUGGCCAUCAGCGGAGGCUUCAUCCGCAGGGUAACAGACGAUGCCCGGGAAAAUGAGAUGGAUGAGAACCUGGAGCAGGUGGGCGGCAUCAUCGGAAACCUGCGCCACAUGGCCCUGGAUAUGGGCAACGAGAUCGACACCCAGAACCGCCAAAUCGACAGGAUCAUGGAGAAGGCUGAUUCCAACAAGACCAGGAUUGACGAGGCCAACCAGAGGGCCACAAAGAUGCUGGGAAGUGGCUAAAAACAAGUCAACCCGCCGAGCAUGGAAAUGAAACCCCCCCCCUUAUUGACCCCACCCCCCCAUCCCCGACCCCUUCCUUCCGGCAUCCGGCGCUGCACGUCAUCAUGGCGCCGCCAUGCUUUUUAUCAUAUCGACCUUCUAGGUUUGCACACAUGCACAUAUCACCUCCCUUCCGCCAUUGUAAAUGUCGUUACUGUGUGUCGUCUGUACGGCUUUUUUUUUUUUUUUUCAAAAAAAAAGAUUAUUUCUUAUACUCCGUGCAUCGUUUUUUUUUUUUUUCCAAAGGUUGUAUAUAGCGCUGAGGUAAUGAGGUAAUGCUCACCUGUGAACUUUUUAUUCUCUCGAUCAAUAUAUAUAUACUAUAUAUAAAUAUUAUACUAUAUCGUAUAAUAUAUAGAAAUAUACAAGCACACUGCUACGGAUGACAAGUAUAUCAUAUGGAAUGCUGUUUUGUUUUCAUUCCUCCUUUUUCAGUAAUCUCAGUAUUGUUGUAGUAAAAAAAAAACGGUGUCAUUCCAAGUACGCUUCCCGUCAUGCUCCUGAUGAUUUAGCGGGGGGGAAAAAAAGCGACAUUAAAUAAAUUAAAACUCCAUUUUUUUUUCUUCCCCUCUCCAUGGCAAUCAUACUGAGUUUGCUGUUUUUAGACAAUGUGCAACUAGACUCUCUGUAGCUGUAUUAGGCAUUGCAUUGCAUUCCGAGUGAUGUGAAUUGUGCGUUCUCUGCAUGAUUAUUAUUAUAAAAAAAAAAAAAAAGGUUAGAUUUUAGUCUUCUAAAUAAAAGCUGUCUGAAAAAAAAAUAUAUAUAAAAAAAAAUAACACAGAAGUAGCGAAUUGAUUAAAAAAAAAAAAAACGCAUGCUCAGUAUUAGGACAAAGGUGUUCCAAUUCUUCCCUUGCGAGUUUGCAAUAGUGCCACUAUAUUUCUGUCUUGAUAUAUUUACCGACUGUGACCAUCUAGUUGUAAAAUAAUGCAAAAGGUGAACAAAAAAGCAAGACACAAGACGACGAUUGGGGGUUGUAUUGCAAAAAAAAAAAAUUUUUUUGUAAACGAUUAUGCAGAAGAUAAGCGCUGGAAGAGGAGGCCGGGGUUGUGUACUGUAACAUAGGUUUUGGAUGCUCUGAAAAAAUAAUAAUAAUAAACGUUUGCAAUGUAAAGCAAAGACGCAUAUUUCUGAGAGACCUUACUUUUAUAAGAAGACUGUACCUGUAAGUUUAUUCUCCCCGUGUGGUUUGUUAUUGGUAAAAAAAAAUAAUAAUAAUAAUGUUAACAAUAAGAUACAUCCAAACAGGAAAAAAAAAAAAAGGGUUUUUGUUGCUUCUGUACUUUAGAGCUAUGCACACCAACUCUCUCUCAAAAUGUCCCGUAGUUUAGAGUAAAGUGACGAAAUACCACCCCCCCAAAACUGAAUGACACAAUAGGUUCAACUGUGAGAUUGAUGUCCUCAAACGCAUGUUGUAUUCAAAGACUUCCCUUCUCUGUAUCCUGUCAGUGUGUGUGAAGUGGUGGACAUUUUGUAGCUAGCUGAAUUGAUUAAAAGUAAUCGACCCUAA